UGAAAAACUUCUGGACUUCUUUAAAAUAAAUUGCUGUUUGUUAUGUCCGCGAAGAAAGAGAAAGUUAAAUUCCGUUGCUGUGUGAAGGAUUGCGAUUCGAAUUAUUCGCUGGAUCGAGCAAAAAAUGUCAGCUUUUUCCGUAUUCCCGAUCCUGAGCGGAUGUUUUCGCCACAUCGGUGUCGUUUGACUGGUAUUCGGUUAGCUGCCUGGGAUAAAUAUUUUCUGAAAACUAAUGUUGUGCCUGCAAAGUUUUGGAAAAUAUGUAGUAAACAUUUCGUUUCAGGUGCACCUGCCAGGUUGACCGAUACCAAAAGUGUGGAUUGGAUUCCAAGUCUCUGUUUGCCGAACAGUGUUACAACGGAGGCACAGAAAAAUGCUGCUUCAUUCGGGCCAGUUGAUUAUUCUAAAAUUGUUAACUCAGCUGCUACAGAUACAGUGUACAUCAAGGAUGGAGAGUCUUCAUCUUUCAAAAUCGAAACAAGCAGUAUAGAUCCUUUGAAAUUCGACGACCGGUUGAACCAUUUUUGUCGAUUGUGCUUGCGUGAUCUACCGAACCUGCAGCAUAUAAGAUCCACUAUUAACGGUACUUCGGUCCCAGACAUGUUAAUAGCGGUUGCAGGAAUAAAUUUGUACGACCAGAAUGAUUUACCUGAAAAGCUAUGCGACGGAUGCUUAAUAAAUUUACAGACUGCUUAUGGUAUUAGGAAACAGUUUGUUGAAGCGGACUCAAUCCUUAGGGAAAUGGCUCAGAACAAAAACGUUCCCCUAGCUAUCAGUUUACAAGAAUAUCAGAAUGACGACUGCGAUCAGCAUUUUAUGGAAACUGAUGCAGCUGAGCCAUUAUCGGUGGACGAGCUAACGGAACAAAAAUUUUCUCCGGAUAUUGUAGAUGAAGAAACAUUUGAAUUGGAAUCGGAGGAAAGUAAGCCAAUAGUUGGAAAGACUGCUCCAGAACAGAACAAUUUGGCAACAGAACGAAAAUUGGAAUCACCCGAAGACCAAAUAGAAACGAAACCUGAUCCUAAUAAAUGGUACAUAUGCCCAGAGGUUUUCAGUGACCAGGAAAGCCUAAAGGUACACAUUCCAUCGCAUAGCGGUGAGAAGGAAUACCUGUGUGAAUACUGCACCAGCUGCUUCCGUACCGAUACCGACCGAAAACAGCACCAACGUACCAUGCAUGCAGAUAUGCCCAAAGGAAGACAUCGGACUCGGAAAAGUAAGAUGAAACAUCACUGUGAACACUGCUCGGAACGGUUUGCACUUAAGGAAAGUCUGUUGUUGCAUGUAUUCAAGCAUACCGGAACCAAACCUUUCUGCUGUGAGUUGUGCGGCAAAGGUUUUCUGUACAAGACUAGUCUAACUGAUCACGUGGCCCUGCACAGUAUCGUUCGACGGUGCAAGUGCGAAGUAUGUGGUAUGGGUUUCGUUAACGAGCGACUCUUGAGGAAACAUCUUGUGAAGCACAGCGAUGGGAAGAACUAUCAAUGUCGUUUCUGCGGGAUAUGGGUUAAAUACCGAGGGGGCCUAUCGAAACAUGAGAGUACUCACUUCAAACCGGAGGCAAAGCAAGAGCAGAGUAAAUGUUUAGAGGCUACGAAGAGGUCCAUCGAGGAGGAUUGCUUGGUUGAGGAAAGGUCGUAAAUAGAUUAGUAAAUAAGUUUAGUGGAGCUGGUACAUUUAUCGAAUAUUA